AUGUUGAACAAGCUGUCUGGACAGCCAGAGAGCUAUGAGAAAAAGUCACUCUACAAGUUCGGACGUACUCUUGGUGCAGGCACAUACGGUAUUGUCCGCGAGGCGGAAACCAACGAUGGCAAGAAGGUUGCAGUCAAGAUCAUUCUGAAGAAAAAUGUCCGCGGGAAUGAGGGCAUGGUUUACGAUGAGCUGGAGAUGCUUCAGAAGCUCACACACCCUCACAUCGUCUCCUUUGUGGACUGGUUCGAGUCAAAGGACAAAUUCUACAUCGUCACACAACUAGCCGUGGGCGGCGAGCUGUUUGAUCGAAUUUGCGAUUACGGAAAGUUCACUGAAAAGGAUGCCUCGCAAACUAUUCGCCAGGUGCUUGAUGCCGUCAACUACCUGCAUAAGCGCAACAUCGUCCACCGCGACUUGAAACCGGAGAACCUGCUUUACCUCACACGCGCAGCCGAUUCAGAGCUCGUGCUUGCCGACUUUGGUAUCGCGAAGAUGCUGGACAACCCGGCCGAAGUUCUCACUAGUAUGGCGGGAUCCUUCGGCUAUGCGGCUCCCGAGGUCAUGCUGAAGCAGGGCCAUGGAAAGGCCGUUGACAUGUGGUCGCUGGGCGUCAUCACCUACACUCUCCUCUGUGGAUACUCCCCCUUCCGUUCCGAGAACUUGACCGAUCUGAUUGAAGAGUGCCGCGCCGGCCGCAUCAUCUUCCACGAGCGAUAUUGGAAGGAUGUCUCGCAGGACGCGAAAGACUUUAUCCUCACCCUUCUUCAACCAGACCCCAGCAAGCGUGUGACCUCCGAGGAGGCUCUGGAGCACAUGUGGCUGACCGGUGAAUCUGCCAGUGACCGUGACCUGCUGCCCGAGAUCCGUACCUACAUUGCGCGCGCCCGUCUUCGUCGCGGUAUUGAGAUCGUCAAGCUGGCCAACCGCAUCGAAGCCCUUAAGAUGCACGAAGAAGAUGAGGAGGACGAUAUCCCCAGCGCAGUUGACAUGGGCGCCGCCGGAGCUGCUGCGUCUGCUGCGUCUGCUUCUGCUGCAUCUGCUACGUCUGAUGAAAAUGGCGAUUCUCCCGCCCCCACCACCAAGAAGCGCAGUCUUAGCAAGAUUGCCCGUGGUGCUAUCUUCCGAGAGGUGGUCUUGGCUAAGGUCCGCGAGGUCAAGGAGAACGAGGAACGCGAGAAGGUUGAACGGGAGGCCCGUGAGAAGUCAUCGCAUCAUUAA